AUAACCAGCUGCCUCUUUUCGGUAUUUCCGUUUCCGUGUAAACAAAACAACAUGGCAGCCACAUCGGUACUGGCAUGGAGAUUUCGAGUUUGACUUUUAUAGCUUAGCAUUUCUAAACUCGACAGUAUGAACGACUCAAAUUGUCAGUGUGCUGCUCUACAGUUCUAUUGCACAGCAGGGAACGGCAUGGAGCCUUUCCUGAUUCAGGAGGUGAAGACCAAACUUGCAGCCAAAGAUGUGGAUCACAUCCCUGGAAAAGUGUUCUUCACCACCUCUUUUGAAAUAAAGCAAGUGAGGGAGCUGAAAUCUGCAGAGAGGCUGUUUCUACUUCUAAAGCGACACUCCCCCCUCUCUGCCCAUACAGCUAAAACACCAUCUGGUAUCCAGUCAAGGCUCAUGGGUGAUGGAAGUGACUGGACCAGAGCUGUGUUGUCAUGGAGAUGCCUGCAGAGAGACCUGAUGAUGAGAAGCGACUGUACCUUGAGCGUGGCCCUACCAGGGAGGAAGAGGAAGAGGGAGGAAGAGGAGGAGAAAGAGAGUGGUGUUGAGGGGUCAACUUGUAACGAACCAAAUGGAACACAGAAGCUGGGACUAGAAGGAGAGAGACGAGAAUUAAGACUACACAAGGAUCACAUUUCAUCAACAGAAGACUCUGGAAGUGUAAACUGUGUUGCAGGGGACAAAGUUGAAGAGGAGCGUAUAGAAGGCAGCCGUGACAGAAAGACAUCCACAGUGUCUUUCAGAGUGAACUGUCGGUGCAGUGGAGCCCUGUCCAGACGUUUCUCUCCCCAGGAUCUGAGUAGGAUCAUUGGAACAGCAGCGAGCAGACAGCUGGGCUGGAGAGUGGACCUGAGGAAACCAGAUCUGGAGGUGAAUGUGUACAUGAGUGAUGACCACUGUGUCCUCGGGAUACCUCUCCUCAGGCUUCCUUUAGCCAACCGGAGUUAUAUGAAGACUACUGGGCUGAGAUCCACUAUAGCCUGGGCCAUGGCCUCUCUGUCAGACAUCAAGCCUGGCUCUUGUGUGAUCGACCCGAUGUGUGGAGUGGGAACUAUUCUACUGGAAGCUGCACAUGAAUAUCAGGAUGCCUUUUUCCUGGGUCUGGACAUUGAUGAGUCUCAGUUGGUGAAAGCUGAUCAGAAUGUGGAGUUUGCAAAGUUUGGGGAUAGGGUGCAGCUGCUGCAGGCAUCAUCCAAGGAGAUUCCACUGCCUUCCUGUAGUGUGGAUGUCGUUGUCUGUGACGUCCCUUUUGGGAAGAAGUUUGGCACCAAGACUGACAUGGCUGCCUCUCUUCCAGUGAUUGUGAGAGAGAUGGAAAGAGUUCUCCGUGUGGGUGGGACCCUGGUUUUGCUGCUUAGUCCCCAGCUCUCCUGCCUGCUGAAGAAAAGCAUGACCCCCAGACCAGUAACCUCACACACCCAGGGAGAGGGGACUGGGGUGGGAUUAGGAGGUGAUGUGGACCCCUCCCAUACCCCAAGCCUUUUCCCCUCACUGCAGCCCCUAAGCUACCACAGAGUGAGCCUGGGAGCUAUAGACGCUCUUAUUCACAAGUAUGUCAAGAUAGUGACUGCUACUACCACACUCAGUGGACCUGACUGUAUACACACACUCAACCCCUGCAUAGUGGAGCCUGACUGUAUACACACACUCAACCCCUGCAUAGUGGAGCCUGACUGUAUACACACACUCAACCCCUGCAUAGUGGAGCCUGAGUGAGACUUUUUAGGAGCUGGAUACACAGGAUUCAAGAGACAUUCACACACACUUCAAAGACAAUACCACCUGUGAAACACAGAAAACCACUGUAUCAAUUUGGCAUGGUUAGAAUUUUACCAACGUGUACUGUACUACCACAAAAUGAAGAAAAAUGCAUAAAUGUCAUAGAAUAUCAAACCCAA